UUGUCUUGCAGGAGAAGUCAUGGCCGGCAACGACGACGGUGCCGUGGAGUUCAUCCUGGAGAAGCCUAAAGAAGCGCCCGCUAACGUCCCCCGUCGCGUGGGCUGCCGUACACCCGAAGUCGAGGUGUUCAUCCUCCGCUCGGGGGCGACCACCGUCGAGACCACCGUCGCCUACAAUGUUCACGUCGCCGGAAACUGGAUCCGCCAGAUCCAGCGCCACCCCUCAUCCCGCCGCACCCCCCUCUCGGCCUCCCUCCUCUGCAUCCACGGCCUCCUCCCGUCGCGCAAACAUUACGACUUCACCCAGCCGAAGGGCCCGACGGCGAACCCCGGCCACCCCAGCAACCCGAUCUGCGCGAUCGCUCUCUGCGUCGGCGGAUCUCAUUGCCUCAUCGUCAACCAUCGCGCCCACCUCUACCACUACGAAACCUUCACCUUCCCCAAGAACCACCCCCUCUGUGUGUUCCUGGCGGACAAGAAGCUUCGCGUGGCCGGGCCGGGGCUGCCGGCCCAAGCCCAGCAGCUAGAGAUGGAGUGGGCCGUGCAAGUGAAUCGCCCUUUGGAUCUGCACGAAGUGGUGGCGCGAGCUCACGGGAAGGAUGAAGUAUGGGUUUCGAAGAAGAAGAAGGGGAAGGUGGUGACGGAGGCGAUCGGCGUGGAGCAUAUGGCGGCGCUGGCGCUAGGCGGGAUGCGGGUAAAUGAGAGGCCGGCGAGCUUGCUGGCGCCUUCAAACUGCAACUGGGGGUACCACUUAGUCUCCGAGGAGUUGAUAAAGUACACCGCCCGCGACGCAUACCUCUGCUACGAGAUCGGCUUCAAGUGCUUGGAGAAGACCGGCUCCUCCACCUAAUUAACCGGUGCUCGAUCGUUUCCUCAUCACGAACCAAUCGGAGGUAUGCUACUGUAUCAACAUCUCCUCUCCUUUGUUACACAUGCUUUUCUUUCCAGGCAAAUAGUGAAGCAAUCCAUCUUGUUCUGGAUCUAUCUUUUAGGGUUUGAACGGCUCUGUUUGAUCGAUAUUGAGUAGAUGAUAGUGUUCGAGGAGUUAGUUCGGA